AUGUACGUUGCAGGAGAAAGCCAACNACUAGGCCGGAACAUCUUCGCACCAACGGCCCUUCUCAAGAAGGGCCUCCGAUGUGUCCUGGAAGACAAGACCCCACACCUCACCAUUGGCGGAGAAGUCGUCGUUCCUCUGAAACAAGAGACUCAAGACCAAGGCAUGUGCACCCUCGCCAUCACAUUCAAGGGCGAUCCAGCGUCGACAAGCAAGACACCCCCGAACAACCAAGAACCAGGGCGCAAGCCGAAGUUCGGAAAACCAGAAGCGUACCGGCGCCUCGGCCACAUCAAUGCAAGUGCUUUGGAGAUUUUGCGGCGCAACCCCGCCACAGGUGUGAAAUAUGACGGACCUGUAUCCCCGUGCGACAACUGCCAAAUCACGAAGCACAAGAAGGCUCCCGUCCCGAAGAAGACCAGCCGUGUCCUGACCAAACCAGGCCAACUUGUUCAGUUCGACAACACGGGACCAAUCGACCCGCCUGCGAAGUACAACGGACCCACCUACUCCUAUUUCGCCAAAGCGACCGACGUCUUUACCAGAAUGCGGGAAGUGUACCUACUGCGCGACAGGACCGAAACCACGCAAGCUCUGCACGCCUACAACAUGCAAGUAGCAUCUGAAGGCUACCGCAUCGAGGUUCUACGCUGUGACAAAGGGGGAGAGAACACUGGGGAAGAAAUGCGCAACUACUGUAGGGAGUCUGCGAUCAAGCUGGAAUUCGCCGCGACCAACACGCCCCAAGAAAUCGGAGUGUCAGAAAGGGAUGGCCAGACACUUGCGGCUGUGACUCGAGCUCUACUGCGCGAUGGAGACUUCCCAAAACACAUGUGGGGGGAGCUCAUGAUGACUGCAGCAAACCUGACCAACAGGAUUCCACACGCGG